AAUGUGCUCAUUUUCUUGUCUCUCCCAAUCUCAACAAGCCUUACUUCCUUCUCUCUCUCUCUCUCUUAAUUUCACUAUACAUAUAUAGUUUCUGGGGUUUUAACAUAAUCCCCACCUGUAAAAACUUCUCAAAAAAAUUCCACUUACAAAAAAAAAAAAAGAAAGAAAAACCCCUCCUGGAAAAGUUUUGAAACUGGAUACCGCGGAAGGAGCAAAAAAGGAAACAGAAUCUCCAGUGCUCUAUUCGGAUUUCAAAUAGUUGAUUUAAACAAGCAAGUAGGAAAGUGUACGUUAAGCAACAUGAUUCAUUAGUAUGGUAGACCAUGAAUUGAGGUUUAUCGAAGAACCCUAUUUGCGAUGAUUAUUUGUCAUGAUUUGACGCUGGAGGUUUUGACGUUGCACAAAGUUUUACUCCAUUGGUGCUGAUUACAAGAACUUGGAGUAAAGUUUGAUAUCUAAUAAUGGAUAGAAAGGAUACGUCAGGAUUCGUAAGCGGGGGUGGGAUGUGCUCUUUUUGACACAUCUAACCCUAGUUUAGCCACUAACUAAUUUUAGCCCGGAAGUCUGGCCGACUUUUCUUUUGCAAUUGAGAUUUGGUUCCAUUGUAGUGUUGCAUCCUAGUCAUGGAUCCCAGAUUCCACUAUUUGGGGUUUGCUGCAAACUCGUCGUUACAUGCAUCCAAGAAGGUGGGCAAUUCCAUCCCAAUUGGCGGAGCUGUAGCUAAAGGUGGUUAUUGUGCUGAUACCACCCUGCGUCUUGAUUCCGUUGGGUCUCUAAUGCCCUCAGUCUAUUCCCCAAAGGAAAUUGAUCAGAAAAUUGAUUCAUCUUUAUGUCGAAGCUUAGGCCAUUCAUCAACUUCCGCGGAAAGUAUGUGGAGUUCAGGCAUUCUAUGCACCUCAAUAUCUCCAGCGAAAGAAACUCAUGAGUCCUUGAUGGACCUGGAAGUGGACUUCGGUCUUCAUCUCGCCAAUGGGAGGACUCCAAGGCCAAAAAGUUCAGCUAUCUCCAUUCCAAAAGCACUUGACACAGGGAAUGCAAUUGAUCUGGAACUGAGUCUUUCCAAUAGUGCUGCUGAAUCUGAUGUUACGACUGUGCAUCUGACCUCCACUUCACCACAAAGUGUCACAAAGGUGCCGCACGAUUUUGGUCUGGCUUUUCACACUGAUGAAGUAUCAACAGGUUCUCAUCAGAAUACUGGUAGCUUUUUUCAUCCGUUACUUGUGCCACAGGACAAAGAGCCUAGUUACUUCUUGAAACAGGCGAUCAAAGAAGUAGACCCAUCUCCGGUCUCUCCUGAUCCCUCCUCAAGUGUAAUAACAAAUCCAAAAAGUUCACUCACCUGUACCUCCGGGUCGAUAAAGCAGCAGCAGCGCAGCAGUGGUAUCAAACAGUGUCAGUUCAAGGGAUGUGUCAAAGGAGCAAGAGGUGCUUCCGGCCUUUGCAUUGCCCAUGGUGGAGGCCGUAGGUGUCAAAAACCAGGCUGCCAUAGGGGAGCCGAGGGUCGAACCGCAUUCUGCAAGGCCCAUGGCGGUGGUCGGCGAUGUGAAUUCCUAGGGUGUACCAAGAGUGCAGAAGGACGCACUGAUUUCUGCAUCACACAUGGGGGUGGACGCCGUUGCAAUCACGAAGGCUGCACCCGCGCUGCCAGAGGGAAUUCUGGAUUAUGCAUUAGACACGGUGGGGGCAAGAGAUGCCAGAUGGAGAACUGCAUGAAAAGUGCGGAGGGCCUCUCUGGCCUCUGCAUUUCACAUGGAGGUGGUCGGCGGUGUCGGUACUCCCAGUGCACUAAAGGGGCCCAAGGAAGCACCUUGUUUUGUAAGGCCCAUGGUGGUGGGAAACGUUGCACGUUUGAAGGGUGCAAUAAGGGCGCAGAGGGGAGCACACCUUUCUGUAAGGGUCAUGGUGGAGGGAAAAGAUGUACAUUCCAAGGAGGCGGGGUUUGCCCAAAGAGUGUGCAUGGAGGGACUCUCUUCUGUGUGGCGCAUGGUGGUGGUAAGAGAUGUGCUUUCCCAGAGUGCUCCAGGAGUGCUAGGGGCCGGACUGAUUUCUGCGUGCGCCAUGGUGGUGGUAAAAGAUGCAAAUUCGACGGAUGUGGAAAAAGUGCUCAAGGAAGCACCGAUUUCUGCAAGGCCCACGGUGGUGGAAAAAGAUGUUCUUGGGGUCAACCUGGUUCCGAAUUUGGCCAAAAUGAUAGUCCUUGUAACUCAUUUGCCAGAGGGACGACAUGUGUAUCUCAUGGUGCCCUGGUGCAAGACAAACGUGUUCAUGGUGGUGCCACUCUAGGGGCUGUGGUCUUGGAUUCAACACCCCAAAAUCUGGGGAAGAUGAAGGAGAUUGUCAAUGUACAGGAUAUGUAUAUUGAUAUUAUGAAGAUGGGAAAUAACAUUUUGACAUCUACCGGUUGGAAACCUUUUGAGUUUAAGGAAUGGAAUACGCCAGUUGGUGGAAGCUCAUCAUCAGUUUCCGAGGGAAGAGUGCACGGAGGAAGUUUGAUGGCAAUGCUGGCCGGUGGCUCAAACUGCACCAGGGGCACAAUGACUGCAUCCGCACCAGGGAAACCUUUUGGUAACGCCUAAAAACUACACGCGAGAUACACUAGCCGCUUCAUCCUUGCAUUUUGGUUGUAAGCCUUGAGAAUUCGGAUGUUUGUGUCAAUUUUUGUUAUCUACCUUGUUCACUAUUAUGGUGGUUAAGAAGCUGUUAUCUUUCAUUUGUGAAGUCGGAUUUCGACUUGAACCUACUACUAUUAUAGUACAACAACAUACCCAGUAUAUUCCGACAAGUGGGGUCUGGCGAGGAUAGUAUGUACACAGACUGGCCUUGGCCUUACCCCUACCUGCGCAGGUAGAGAGGCGUUAUAGUUUAUAGUGGUAAUAAGGGGAGAUACUAGGCUGAAAGUUAGUUUAAGAGUUUGGUGUCCAGUAUUGGCUUAAUGUACAUUUGUACAUAGCUGUUUUCUUGUAGCUUUGCUCUUGUAAAUAUUUUGAGGUAGUUUGAGAACUCAUUAUAAUUUUA